AUGACCGCGCGCGGCAGGGACUGGCGGGUGGUCGCUGGCGCUCUGCUGGCGGCCGCGGGGGCGGCCGUGGCCGUUGAGCGGCUCUCGCGGCGCGCGCGCAGGAGACGCCGGCUGGCGGCGCGGUGUGACGCAAGGGUGCAGGCGCUGCACCGGUUCGCCGUCAAGGGCCUCGGCUUCGACGCCCUCCGCGAGUGCCGCCUGGAGCGGGGCGCCUGCUUCCCCAACGACAGGUCUUGGGCCCUCCUGCGGCGCGAGGAGCUGGCCUGCUUCGACCCGCACAGGCCCCAGUGGGUCCACAAUUCAUGA